GCAAACAAUAAAGUGAAGUACUGAGGCAACUGCGGAUUUGCUGGACUACAGCUUUAUCUCACUUAAUCCCAUUAAUGGCCGCUGGGGAUUAGACUUUUUAUAGGCAUUCAAAGCAGAUAAUAGAGCUUUUUCCCAGCGCAGUGUCAUUGAAUGCCCACGCGGUUUUGAGAGCAACGAGCUGACUUUGUCCACGCCUCGUUGCAUUUAAUGCUCUUCCGGUGACUUUUGACUCUUUGGCCUCCCCUCUUCACUCUCGUUCAAGUCAGCGUCUUCCCAAACACCCCUCUGGCUUGUCUAUAUAUUCACGCCAAGUCGCCAACCAUUUCUUUCACUUUGCGUUGCACGCUUGGCUCGGCAUAAAGCACUCAUCGAGCAGGAGGGAAACCACAUCAAAGGGAAUUGAAGAAACAUUAAGACUCGCAAGCAGAUAUGGGAAGGCCGCCUUGUUGUGAUAAGGAAGGCGUCAAGAAAGGACCUUGGACGCCUGAAGAAGACAUCUUGUUGGUCUCCUACAUUCAGCAGCAUGGCCCUGGAAAUUGGAAGGCUGUUCCCGCCAAUACAGGGUUGUCGCGGUGCAGCAAGAGUUGCAGACUUAGAUGGACUAAUUAUCUGAGGCCAGGAAUUAAGCGCGGCAAUUUCACCGACCAAGAAGAGAAGAUGAUCAUCCAUCUUCAAGCUCUUCUGGGCAAUAGAUGGGCUGCGAUAGCUUCGUACCUUCCGCAGAGAACAGAUAACGACAUAAAAAACUAUUGGAACACCCACUUGAAGAAGAAGCUUAGGAAAAUGCAGAUGGCUCUCGAAGGAGACGGCACAAGCGAUGGGUUUUCGGCUUCGCAAGCAAUGCCUAGAGGACAGUGGGAAAGAAGGCUCCAAACUGACAUCCAAACGGCUAAGAGAGCUCUUCGCGAGGCACUGUCACCGCAUAAGCCUUGUGGCGCAUUUCAAUCCUACCCCUCUGAUAUUGGCUCCUCCUCUCUCGCUUCUGCAAAACCAACCCCAUCCUUAUGCUAUGCGUCGACCGCUGAAAACAUAGCUCGUUUGCUGAAGGAAUGGAAGAAAAAUCCACCAAAGAAAACUCACUCUCGCGGUAACUCGACCAUGACUCAGAAUUACUCCGCCGGAAACUUGGCUACUUGUAGCAAAGAAGCCCCAAGUGACGAAUCCAACAAGGGAAGCAGCUUUGAAUCAUGCGAGGCGUUUGAGUCAUUGUUCGGGUUGGAGUCUUUGGAUUCUUCGAAUUCUGAGUUCUCGCAAUCUCUGUCUCCUGACCCUGAACCAACCACUCUUUUCCAAGAUGAAAGCAAGCCGGAGUGUGGUGCAGAAUUGCAAUUUUCUUUUCUUGAGAAAUGGCUUCUAGACGAGGUUGCUUUGCCAGGAAUAUGUUAGUGGUGGCAUGCAAUAACAUUAUACAUCUUCAGUUGUUGCAGAUGCCAAUCGUUUCUGGACUGCUCGUCAGUUCCGUGUCGCUUCAUUAGGACUCCGGACUUUUUGUUGAGCUCGCUUAUAGGACUCAAUUAGCUCAUCAUCUAGUCUUACUUUUGCAUAAAUCAAACCCGGGACAGAGAUUUCAAUCCUUCAGUCUGCUAAAUGCCUACAACUGUAUAUGAUAUCACUACUAACAUUAUUAUAUUAUUCUA